AUGAAUAAAGGUGGUGGAGGAGGAGCAGGAGGCGCCGGAGGAACCGGACCUACAGCGGCAGCAGCGGCCGCGGCGGCUCAGAGACAGAAAGCUUUGAUGCAGAGAGUGGAAACCGACAUAAGCCACAUCGUCGACAAUUUCAGUCACUUAGUCAAUGUCUCUAGGGUCAACGAACCAACUGUCAGGAACACCCAAGAAGCUUUCAUGGCUGAAAUGCGUGCUGCCAGGAUGGUUAUGGCUGCCGAUUCUCUCCUCAAAUUGGUUUCUGAGCUAAAGCAAACGGCCAUCUUCGCAGGCUUCGCUUCACUCAACGACCAUGUCGAUCAGAGGACUUCUGAGUUCAAUCACCAAGCUCAGAAAACUAAUCAAUUGCUUGCUCGAAUUGGGGAUGAUGCUGCUGCUGCACUCAAAGAACUCGAAUCGCAUUACUACUCUUCUUCACAGAGGUCCCUCGGCUUUUAGUAUAUUGUUCCAUUAAUGGCAGUUUUAACAUAUAGCUAGGGUUUUGUUCUUCUCCAUUCACAAUUUCUUGUUUGUCCUGCUUUUUUUAAUGAUCAUUAGUCUUAUUCUGCUUUUGCAUUAUAAAUGAAACCAUGUUCAUUGCAUUUCAUUAUCUGAUGAUGAUGAUUUGUGAUUACAAUUUAUAAAUCCCAAAUACAUGAAUUGUGAUCAGAAUGAUAUGUUCAAGCUCUUGAAUGAGGAUUUGUUAAAAUAUGUAAGUGGCACUAGUCAGUGCUCAAAGCAUUACUAUUAUUAUAAACACAAACUAAAUCAUUUGAAAGGUAA